UGGUGGCAGCAGUAGUAGUUCUGUUCGUUCUUGUUUCGAUAGCGGAAAUAUUAAGUUUAAAAUAUUAAGAUGUUUUUUCUGAGUGAGGUGUUGCGUUUUGUUUUAAUGCUAAAAGAAUGUAGGACGUUAUUUGUUUAGCACAAUUAAAAACGGCAAUUUUCUAAUGUUCUCAUGAUGCACACGGAAUUUUUUUAGGUUUCAGGAAAAUGUCAACAAUGAAUACAAUGCACACUCGCGAUGCGAUCCGUGUUAAAGUUAAGAAAUGUGAAGGACUUCUGGCUCCAGAGUAUCGAAGGUUUAGUGUUGAUCCUCAGAUCACUUCCUUUGAAGUUCUACAAAGUUUAUUAGCAAGAGCUUUUGAUAUAAAAGGAGAAUUUUCCAUUAGUUAUCUUGCUAGAGAUGAAGAUGGAAAAGAUACAUACUUAUCCUUAUUAUCUGACUGGGAUUUAGAAGCGGCAUUUCUUGGCUCUUCUGAUCCAUGUUUGCAACUGAAAGUAGAUUUAAAACCAUUUGAAGAAGGAUUAGAAGAUUGGGAUGUUGUUGCUUCUCUUGAUGUUGGUCGUAGCAAUAAUGCUAGCUUCUUAAUAGAUCGAUCAUCCAUAACUGGCACAAUUUUGAACCAUAUGGAGAAAACACUAAACAUGGUUCAAAGAGCUUUUAAUUUAUCUGAGAGUGAAAAUGAGUAUGACAGCUUCAAGCCUGUUAAACAACCUAUGGUGGAUUCAGAGUUUCAUGUGUAUUUAGAUUCUGAAGGACGUUUAAUUAAACCUAGAGAAUUAAGACUGUCUGUAUAUAAUAGAGGAAUUGAUCCUGCUUUACGUAAAGUUGUGUGGAAGCACAUUCUUAAUGUUUAUCCUCAAGGCCUUACAGCAAAGGAAAGAAUAGCUUAUAUGAAACAGCGUUCAGCAGAGUAUCAGAAGUUAAAGCAAACAUGGCAAGAUAUGAUUUCAAAUGGGAAUUUAACAGAAGAAAUUCAAUAUGUUACUAAUAUGGUUCGAAAAGAUGUUCUGCGGACAGAUCGCACCCAUAAGUUUUAUGCAGGCUCAGAUGAUAACAAAAAUGUUGUUUCACUUUUUAACAUCCUUACAACGUACGCCUUAAAUCAUCCUAGUGUGUCAUAUUGUCAAGGUAUGAGCGAUUUAGCAUCUCCCAUUUUAGUGACAAUGAAAGAUGAAGCCCAUGCAUAUGUGUGCUUCUGUGCAUUAAUGCAGAGACUGAAGCCUAAUUUUCAUUUAGAUGGUAAAGCUAUGACUUCAAAUUUUCAGCAACUAACUGAACUUCUUGAGCAUUAUGAUUCUCAGUUUUUUGAGUACCUUAAAACCCAAGGGGCUGAUGAUCUUCUCUUUUGCUAUCGUUGGCUUUUACUCGAAUUGAAGAGGGAGUUUGCUUUUGAUGAUGCUCUGUCCAUGUUAGAAGUACUUUGGAGUUCUAUUCCUCCAUCUCCACCAGAAAAAGAAUUAGCCUUGUAUGAAGAAUUGUUCUCAGAAAAUUCCUUUCGCCCUCAUUCCCCUCGAAUUCAUAGUAGAGAAAAUCCAUACACUAAAGUUCGUGCUAUUAGAAAACAAAAUUCUGCAUCAUCAAUUAGAGGUCUGAUGAAAAGUGGUAGCAAAGAAAAUGAAGAAGUAGAAUCUGACAAAAAAACAGAAUCUCAAGCUGAACCAUCUAUUAAUACAGAAAAUUCUGUGGAUACCUCAUGCAGAGAACAUUCAAUGUCCCUAAGCCGCCGUAACAGUGUUUCAGAAAUCAACACAGAUGAUUCACAAGACUAUUUUCCAAUGACAACAUCAAUGACUAGAGAACUCAGAAUGGAGUUGGAAAAUUUAAAUAGACAAUUACCUGGCUCUUUUUUGCAAAGGUCAAUUACAAUUGAUUCUGAAGAUUUAGAUUCUCCUCGUUCACCAGAUUGUUGUGAAUCCGCAAGAGAAAGUCUGAGGUAUUGUCAGCAUUUGCAGGGCAUUGAACAGGCAGCUGAAGAUGACGCACCUGAAAGUUGGACUAGUGAUGAUUUAUCAUGUAUGGAUCAGAUUUGUAGGCUUGGUGCUGCUAAGAAAAUUCAAAAACAUCCAGAAUUUUUACACUUGAAUGGCAGUGAUGGAGGAGGUGAUUCUACAUAUUGUUGUACUCCAGAUGAGCAGCUUGACAUAGAUUUUGAUGUACAAUUAAAAUCAAGUUCUGAUAUACCUUGUAAUGGAGAAAUUUUGGAGAAUGAAGAAUCUGAAGAUACAAAUGGCUGUGCAUGUCAUCUUAAAUCUGUAAUACCUAUAAGGUUAGUGCAUAGUCCGGGCAUUGAUAAUAGGUAUCAAAGACAUGGUAGUGAUAGCUCUGAUUCACUGUCUGAAAGCUGUCCUGGUAGAAUUGAAAGUGACAAUGAAUAUUUUCCUCUUGGUUUUCAAACUGUAGGUGGUGGAUCUGAAAAUAAUGUAUCAAAAGAAGGUACAUUGAAUGAUGAAAAAUCUUACAAGAGAAAAAAUGAUAGUCUACUUGAUUCUUCAGUGCCAUCUGAUCAAGUUACUAACACAUGUGUAGAGGCCUUAGAAUAUAGUGGCAAGUACCAGAAAGCUUCUCUCCCACCCCCUUACGAACUUGGUGGAGGAAAUCCUUUCAUGUUGUUUUUGUGCCUAACUCUUUUACUUCAACAUAGAGAUAUGAUAAUGAAAAGUCACAUGGAUUAUGAUGAACUAGCAAUGCACUUUGACAAAAUGGUUCGUAAACAUAAUGUACAUCGUGUUCUGCAUCAAGCUCGUGCAAUGUUUAGAGAAUAUUUACAAAUGAGCUGUCAAGAGCAAGAUUCAGACCUUCAUGUCUGACAUUUAAACUCUUUCUGUAAGUAAUAUAAUUGUUUUAAGAGUUUUGCUUUGCUCAUGCUGUUUUACAAAAUUAACAUGCAUACAGAAUGAAAUUGUCAUUCUCAACAUACAGAUUGUGAGUAUUUAAAAUUUGGACACAUAUUCAAAUUUUAUGUGCAAGAAAAAAUUUUAAAUAAGUUUCAAGUCAUUCGAGUAGCUAACGUAAAUUAGUGAAAUUAUAGACAGUCCCGUGUCAUCAUGGCAUAGAACAAACUAAGCCAUUUAUUUGGUAAAAAAUUAAAAUAAUCUUAUUGAUCUUUUGUUUAAAAUUCAAAUAUUUUUUCACCAAAAAAAAAUGCAUUGCAAAUUUGAGGGUAAAAAACAAAAAAGUAUAAUUUCUGCUUAAUUCUGUUGAUUUGAAUUUGAAACGCGUGUAUACUUUUGUUUGAACUUUUGUUCAAAUAUAAAAUUGUGAAAUAUGAAUUCAUGCUAAGUGUUCAAGUAAUUGCACUAUUUAAAAUCAAAAGCUACUUAUAAACAUUAAAAAUAUGACUAAAGAUGACAUGCAAAAGUUUUAGUUUUAUGAACAAUGCAGAAAACAUUUUUCAUUGUUAUAUGGUAGCUUUUUCAUAUUUUGAUCAAAUAUGCUUCCAGGUUUAUUGCCUCAGAGCAAAGAGCUAGUAUUUAUAUGCUUUUGAUAUUUUUAAUUAAAUAUUCAAUUUUAUAUUUGGUUUUGGUAAACAAUGUGUUAAUUGCUUGGUCAUUAGUAUGUUCCUAGCAGCAUUCACUUUUACUUGAGAAGUGCACUAAGAUUUUUGUCAGAUAGAUACCAAGACAGGUGUAGAUAAUGGAUGAAGUAAUUUAUUCUUAAAAAAAAUUAUUAUAAAAUCUUUGUCCUAAAAGGGGGGAAAUUAUCACUUUGGACACAAUUUAAAGUGAUAAUUUUAAUUCUUACAAAAAUAAAAAUUAUCGCUCUUUACAAAAUAAAGUAUUUCCAUCUAACAAGUUAAUACAGUGAGCAAAAUAACAUUGUCAAUAUUAGUAUUAUUGUAAUAGGUUUAUAUUAUUAUAAAAAUUAUGUGUAUCAGAAACAAAUGGAUGUGAGAGCAUAUACAUAUGUGAGAGUGAAAAUAAAUCAUUGAAGAAUUGCUGAAAAUAUAAAAUAAAUUUUUGUUUAACGAAA